UGGUGUCGUAGUGGCACCAGGGGCCGUUGAGGUGGCACCAGGGCUGUUGCGGUAGCAGCGGGGCUGUGCCAGGGCUGUUGCGGUGGCACCGGCGCGGUGGGUGCGGCACUGGGAGCUGCCUUGGUGGCACCGGCGCUGCGGUGGUGGCACCAGAGGCUUUGGUGGCAGCAGCGGGACCGCACCGGGGCUGUUGUGUUCCUCCUGGCACUGCUGUGCCCCCCCAGUGCCAGGCACGGGCAUCGGUGAGACAAAAGGGAGCGUAACCGAAUCCCCCACGUGACGCACCGGAGCCGUCCCAGCUCUGCCACCGGCACCGCCGCGAUGUGACCCCCCCGUGCCACCCUGCCCCUCCCCCCAACUUUGGGCACCCUCCGUGCCCUGCAGCUGCGCCGCUGUCAGCCGGAGCCGGGACAUGAGCUCAGCGGGGUGGCUCAGCCUCUGCGGAAGGACUUUCGCGGGGGGGCUCUAACUGCUGUGUGUGGCCCCCCCAGACCCGCAGCGAGCUGAGGAUGAGCCAGGGGGUCCCAGCAACCUGCCCCCCCCCCGCGGCACAGGGGUGGAGCUGAGCUGAGGUCCCCAAGCUGCUGCUCAUCUCCUGCCCCCCCCCCGCAGAGCUCCCCCAAGAUGUCCUACUUCACUGAGCACUUCUGGGGCGAGAAGCUGCUGGGCUUCGAUGUGCUGUACCACAACAUGAAGCAUGGACACAUCUCCACCAAGGAGCUGGCAGACUUCGUCCGGGAGAGAGCUGCCAUCGAGGAGAACUAUGCCAAGGCCAUGGUGAAGCUCUCCAAGAUGGCCACGAACGGGACCCAGCUGGGGACUUUCGCCCCUCUGUGGGAGGUGUUCCGGAUCUCCUCGGACAAGCUGGCACUGUGCCACCUGGAGCUGAUGAGGAAGCUGCAGGACCUCAUCAAGGAGAUCUCUCGCUACGGGGAGGAGCAGGGCAGGGUGCACAAGAAGUCCAAGGAGGAGGUGGCAGGGACGCUGGAGGCUGUGCAGCUGCUCCAUGGGGUGGCACAGCUGCUGCCCAAGUCCAAGGAGAGCUACCACAGCAAGUGUCAGGAGUACGAGCGGCUGCGCAAGGAGGGCACCAGCCAGAAGGAGAUCGACAAGGCGGAGCUGAAGUGGCGCAAGGCAGGGGAGGCUCUGCGGCGGGCGGUGGACAAGUACAACUCUGCCCGCGCCGACUUCGAGCAGAGGAUGCUGGACUCGGCCAUGCGUUUCCAGGAGGUGGAGGCAGCUCACCUGCAGCACAUGAAGGGCCUCAUCAGCUCCUACUCACACUCGGUGGAGGACACUCACGUCCAGAUCGGGCAGGUGCAUGAGGAGUUCAAGCAGAACGUGGAGAACAUUGGCACCGAGAUGCUGCUGCGGAGGUUCGCCGAGAGCAAGGGCACAGGGCGCGAGCGGCCAGGAGCCUUGGAUUUCGACGAGUACCGCCUGGCCCCAGUGCAGGAAGGACCUAAAAGGAGCCGCAGUAAAGCGUUCCGGAUCCCUGGGUUGAGCCGGAAAGAGAGGGAUCGAGAUGCUGGGGAGUCCCCGGAUGCUGAGCUGGGCUGCCCGGAGGUGGAUGAGGAUGGCUUCACCGUGCGCCCGGACACCUCCCGCUCGGAGGGGGACCCCCGCGGCUGCUCCUCCAGCGAUUCGGAUUACGACGAGGAGGAGCCUCGCAGGUUUUACGUCCACAUCAAACCGGUGCAGCCGCGGGACGGAGCCGCCAGCGCCGAGGCCGCCGUGGAGCAGCUCAAGGCCACCGUGGGGAACCUCAUCCUGAACCCCGCCCUGGGGGGCACUGUCAAGCGACACUCGUCCAGGCAUUUGGCACCUCUGACCCCAGCCCCAAGCGAUGCAGACUCUGAGGGGCCCCUGGCAGGAGGUGCCAGAGGGUGCCCAGCAGCAGAGGUGAACAGUGGCCCCGGGAAAGCCCCUCCGGACCCCUUGCCCCCAGCUGCUCUCUUCGGGCCCCCCCUGGAGUCUGCCUUCGAAGCAGAGGACUUCCCAGCCCCCCGUGCCUACGUCCUCACCUCUUCUUCCUCCCCCUUCUCCUCUUCCUCCCCGGAGAACGUGGAGGACUCCGGCUUGGAUUCACCCUCGCACCCCCCCCCCGGGCCCUCCCCCGACUCCAGACCCUGGACACCGCAGAGCCCCCCCCCCAAGCCGGACCCCCCGCACCCAGCGCCCCCCAGCACCGCCCCCCCCCGCGGCACCUGGGGGGCAGGACCCCGCAGCCCCCCCGGCCGCCCCCCCGAGCCCCCCAACUUCACUGCCUUCAGCGGGCAGGGGGCUGGGGGGCUCUGGGAGGAGGCGGGGGGGGGAGCCGCUGCCCGGGCCCGCAGCGCCCCCCCCCGAGAAGCUUCCUCCCCAGACCCCUUUGGGGAGCCCUGGGUCAGAGCCCAGAGCCCCAGCAGGGAGCAGCAGCCCCCCCCCAGAGCUUCUUCCAACUCGGCUUCCUCCUCCUCCUCCCCGGCCCCCCAGAGUGGGGGGGAGUCCUCCAGCCCCUCCCCCUGGGCCGGCCAAGGGGCAGGGACCUCAGCGGCUCCUGCAGCUCAGCCUGAGCAGGACGCUCUCCCUGCCCACCCCACCGCAGCCCCCCGGGAGGUGCCACUGGUGGCCCCCCCGCGGCGGUCCCGUAGCAGGAGGGCAGCAGCUGGCACGGCCGCGGGCAGCAACAGCGACCUGUCUCGGUCGCUGAGCCCCUCCCCCUCCUGGAGCUGUGCCCCCUCCCACUCUGCCCCUGCCAGCCUGGGCGAGAGAGGCUUCUUCAGCGUGCCCCCCCCGGCGCUCGGGCUGUCUCGGGGCCCCAGCCCCGUGGUGCUGGGCUCCCAGGAUGCACUGCCUGUGGCCACUGCCUUCACCGAGUAUGUCCAUGCCUACUUCAAGGGGCACGACACUGACAGCUGCCUGGUGAAGGUGACAGGGGAGCUGACCAUGUCCUUCCCUGCUGGCAUCAUCCGGGUCUUCAGUGGCACCUUGGCACCUCCUGUGCUCAGCUUCCGCCUGCUCAACGCCGCUGCCAUCGAGCAGUUCCUGCCCAACACUGACCUGCUUUACAGUGACCCCUCCCAGAGUGACCCCAGCACCAAGGACUUCUGGCUGAACAUGGCAGCCCUGACUGGGCACCUGCAGAAGCAGGCAGAGCAGUGCCCAGCUGCUUCCUACUACAACGUGGCCCUGCUCAAGUACCAGUUCUCCCGGCUGGGUCCCGCCUGGGCACCGCUGCGGCUCUGCGUGCGCUGGGACUGCUCCCCGGGCACCACGCGGGUCAGCGUCGACUACGGCUACAACGCCGCAGCCCUGGCACUGCCUGUGCCCCUCGCCAACGUCCACGUCCUGCUGCCCGUGGACGAGCCUGUGGCCAACCUGCGGCUGCAGCCUGCUGCCAGCUGGAACCUGGAGGAGAAGAGGCUGCUCUGGAGGCUGCUGGACGUGCCCGGUGCCCCGGGGCAGGGAGGCUGCGGCCGGCUCUGUGCCAGCUGGGAGCCGCUGUGUGGGCCCAGCAAGCCCAGCCCGGUGGCAGCGCAGUUCAGCAGCGAGGGCAGUACCCUGUCGGGCGUGGAGGUGGAGCUGGCCAGCGCCGGGUACCGCAUGUCGCUGGUCAAGAAGAGGUUUGCCACUGGGAUCUACCUGGCAGGGUCCUGAACCAGCUCCCCCCGGACCCUCUGAGCCCCCACCCCCGGGGGGGCUUCUCCCUUUGGUUGUGUGAACUGGAAGCACUGGAUGGAGCCUGGCUGGG